AUGGAUAGUAUCAACCUACCGGUGCUCAACGCCCUGAACAUCAACAACUUCGUUGUGGUAUGGAAUCAGACAGCCGAAACACGUCUUCUUGCGGUGGAAGUUUGGUUGCAACGCACCCACUUCGCCUUUCACCUUAACAACGACCAAUAUGACUACCAAAUCGCUCAUGAGCAUUCUGUUAUUCUGCCAGUCUACUUACUUCGCUUUUCUUCGAGAAGCUGCACCUGGAAGUUUUCACGAUACCAGCGUCAAGACGUUUCCCUAGCAAAAAGAAUCGCUAUCUUGCAUAACGCGAACGGCCAUAAUCCACUUCCCUUCCUCGAGGACCACACCAAAAUUAUCAUUCACUACACACCUCGCUCUAAUACGCACCACCCUGAUGUUACGGAACAAGAUAUUUGA